UUUAAGCAGUAAACAAAAGAUGUGACUUCUGAUGCUCAGCGACAAACUUGUUUUUCACAUUAUUAACGGGAAAGUUGCCGUUGAGUUGAGAAUUUUUUUUAUUCACAUUUUUACUCAGUGUUGUAUGCGAACAUUACCGAGAGUAAUUAUGAAAGGAUUUGUGAUUUUAGCAACAAUAGCAUUUGCAUUAGUUACACAUGUUGAGUCUAAAGCUCCAUACCAGGUUUCCAUCAUGCUGAAGGAAUCAACACCAGGGACCAAUGCAAACCAAUUUUAUCUAUGCAAUGGCAUCAUAAUUCAUGAAAUGUACAUACUAACAACAGCAAAUUGUUUAUAUAUCCCCGUCAUGAAAACAAAUUUUAGCGCAAAACUGAUGGCCACCGAUAUUACCGUUGUUGCCGGUUUACGAAAUUCGAGCAAUAGUACACUUUAUCGUAAUGUGGUUUCAAUAAUUCCGCAUCAUAAAUUCAGCAAGACAACAUACGAUAACGACAUAGCGGUGUUGAAGCUUGAUAUGGCUCUUCCAUUGGCAAACAAUACGGAAACACAGUGGUUGGAUAUUGCAACCAGUAGAGAUGCUGUUGGAACUACUGAAUCAUGCUUUGCUACCGUUUUUAACAACUCACAGAAAAAUGGAGGACUUUAUUCAAUUUCAAAAAGACCCUCGAACCUUCAACAUUCAAUUUGUGCUGAUAUAAAUGAUACAGCGUUAAUUCGGGAAAUGGAUUUGUGUCUGGAAUAUUUCAUGUCCGAUAGUACAGCAUGCAAUAUUUCAUCCAUUAGCUUGAAAUACUCGAAUGAUCGUGGCACAGCUUAUGUUUGCAACAAUAAAUUAGUGGGAUUGUUGACUGACGUCAAUCCACCAAAGAAUGCUGAAAAAUGCUUUUUGAACCAGCAAACGACAGCUUACUAUAUAAAUGUUACAAUGUAUCUUGACUGGCUAUUGGAAGCGACAGAAGAAGUUCAAUUUGAUAAAAAUCGUACAGUUAUUGCACCACCAUCUAUACCAAGCUGGGUUAGUUCAACAGAAUCACCAGUUCUUCCACCAAUUCAUCCAUCCACAUCGAAGCCAAAUGCAGCUGCUAGAAAUUUAUUUAGUUCCAUUUGUUUUAUUGGAUUAUUGAUGAAUAUUUUUAUGUUUGGAAUGAAGUUUGCAUAACUUUAAGGGGUGCAUAAAAUGUAUGGAGACAAUGCAGUGGCGUAGCUAGUAUAUUUUGGAUGCUCUGUUUCCAUCUAAUAUUUAAAGUAUCAUAUGCUAUGACAAUCACAAAGGUAAAGUCACCAUCUCCUAGCUACACCAUCAUCCCAUAGAAAAUAAAUGAAAUAAAGUUUUUUUUUCUUUGACUUCAAAACUAA